UUAUUAUUAAAAAAAAAAGACUGCGCUCUUCAAAACCCAAAUCAGCUCACAUUAAGGCAAAAGUCGCACCACAAAGUGUCUCUCGAUCGGUGAACUCGCACUAUUAAGAUAGCCCUACAGGAACGAGGUGGGUAAAAGAGCUGUCCGAGCCGAGUGCAAAACACAGUGGGACGGUGUGUUCCUAAUUCAUGAACCUGCCCCUUUGAGGGGGUUAGAAGUUCAUUUCCACUGCUGUGCGUGUUCAAAAACAUUCCUUAAAAAAAAAUAAAAAGUAUUUUUAUGAACGGGGCCCGGUAUCUGCCACUAGGGUUGAAUUAUAUUGGUAAGAUUUCCUAUAUAUAUAUAUCACACACAGAGCAGAUGUGAACUACAGCACACAGCACGGAUACCUUAACGGCAAGGAGCAGUAGAGAAGGGAAAGUCAAACUUACGUAAGCAAACCUUUCACCAGCUUCUCAGUUUAUCUCUGUAGUACUUUGACCUAGGAAGACAUCAUGUAGUAAAACACUGAGACCUGCCUGUCAGUGUAUGUCUUAAGACGCGCAGCAAAAUGUCUCUUCUUCUUCAGCACCUGGCCUGCUUCCUUCUCGUGGUUUCAGCGGCUGCAGCCCAGCAAGCUGAGAGAGUGAGCCAAUCCACUUCAGGCACAAAGACUCUGCAGCCCUGGUUAGUGGGGCUCACUGCAGUGGUGGGGUUCCUGUUCAUUGUCUUUAUCCUGCUGAUGGUGAGGAGACUGUUCUGCCAGGAAGAUAAAUCUGAAGGAGAUGAUGAAAGCAGCAUACAUGGUGGACAUGACAACCUGAUCCUGGAGUUAGAGGAGGCCAGGAAGGUGACCAGCCUUUAGCAUCUACCGGUUAUUGAAAAUGCUCUUUUUAAUUAAGAAAGUUAAGUCUAAAUAUAAAGUAUCAAAUUACAUAAAUGAGACU